AUGGCAUCAGGAAGCGUGCGCAGCGUGCGCGCCAUGUUUGAGCUCACUGAUCGUAAAUACAUCGUCACUGGUGGCGGGCAAGGUAUUGGAUAUGCAGUCGUGCAUGCAAUCUGUGAAAUGGGCGGAGACGUUGCAGUUCUAGACAUUGUCGAUAAGCCGCUGGAAGAUCUGGACGCAGUUGCAAAGAAGUUCAAUCGCAAAGUCACUUAUCACCAGGCCGAUGUCAGUAUCGAGGAGUCUUUGAGAUCUGCAUUCGCAGCAGGAUUGAAAGCACUUGGAGGACUGGAUGGAGUCUUUACUUCGGCAGGAAUAGCUAUCGACAAGCCAUUCACGGAGCAGUCCUGGGCUGAAGUGGAGAAGAUUCAGAAGGUCAACGUUUUGGGCACAUUCUUCACGGCGCAGAUGGCCGCAGACGAGUUCAAGAAGCAGAACAAACCAGGCAGCAUCGUCACAGUCUCAUCCAUCACUGCUCACUGUGUCUUGCCCGGCUAUCGCAUGACGGGAUAUAACGCAAGUAAAGGAGGCGUGAAGAUGCUCACCUCAGCUCUCGCUGUUGAACUUGGGCCCAAGAACAUUCGUGUCAAUGCCAUAGCUCCAGCAUUUACUGACACGGCUCAGACAAAGGCUGCUCGUGAUGUUGCUCAUCCAGAGGCAGUACAUCACAUGUACAAUGCAGCGCCCCUGAAGCGGAUUGGAACAGUAAACGACAUUGUUGGUGCAGCCAUUUAUCUGCUGAGCGAUGCAUCUGCAUAUACAACGGGAUGCGAGCUUACUGUUACGGGAGGCAUCCACCUGGGCAGAUCUACGGAUCAUGCAAUGUACGAAUAG